ACAGAGUUUCAAGAAAUCGUGGAAAGCGUGCCAAGUCGGCAUCCACGAGAAAGACGGAAUAUACCCCCUACCUUUAGUGCAUUAUCUUUACAGCAAAUCCGCCAGGAAAUCAACAGGAAAUUCACACAAGCAUGCACCACAGCAGAUAAGCUUUGUCAAACUGGUCAACAGGGACCCAAGGGAGAAAAGGGUGCCCUUGGGUACCCUGGAUACAAGGGAGAGAAAGGAACCCCUGGUGAAACCGGCCCACGUGGUCCUAUAGGCCUCACGGGAGCUCAAGGCAUCAGUGGAAAACAAGGGCCUACAGGAGCGCGGGGAGUCAAGGGAGAGAAAGGUGAAGAAGGAGCUGUGGGCUCUCCUGGAGCAAAAGGAGACACUGGACCUAUGGGCCCAACAGGCGAUAAAGGCUCUAUUGGAUUUAAAGGAAACAAAGGGAACAGGGGCUUUACUGGUAUUCAAGGACCAAAAGGAGAAUGUUCUGUUACUCCCAAGAUUUUUGUUUUUCCUGAGUCUCAGCAUGUGUUUGUUAACAAGUCAGCAACAUUUUAUUGCUGGGUUGAAGGACAAAUGUCUAAGAAGAUAACAUGGCGUAAGCUCGGAGGUAGCCAGCCUCGUGACAUUAGAACCAAAGAUGGUGAACUUCAUAUCAAUAAUGCAAAAAGGUCACACAGUGGAUCAUAUUUGUGUAUAGCAUUUACUAGUUAUGGAAUAUUCCAAGCAAUCACUAUUCUUGAAAUUGAAGGUAAAAUAUUUUCUCUUUCUCUCUUUCUCUUCCUUUUUUUCUUCUUUUUUCCCUGCAAGAGUUAUCUUCAGAAGUUUUACUUUUUGUUUCUCAGUAUCUUAAAAAAAGAAGUGAUUUUUUAAAAACAUUUGAGUAUAACAAACUGCACGAUAAAAGAUCGCUGAAAACAUUUUAAGAAAUUUAAACAUUAUCAGGUCAAAAGAAAAUAGUGUUAAAUGAUCUAUCACUCUAAGAAAAAAAAAAGAUCAUUAAAGAGAAAAGUGACAUAAAAAAUAUGUUGCGAGUCUACCAACUCGGGGGCGUAGCCAGGGGUCAAUUGAAUAAAACUUUUACAAGUAUAGCCAUUGUUUUAGAGUCUGAAGACAAUAGCUACACUUGUACAUUACUACUGUAUUAGUUUUAUUAAAUUUACCCCAGAGUUUUUCCUGGAGUACGCAUAACUUUACAAAUCCUCCUGCCUUCCCCCACCGCAAAAAUCCCAAAUCUGUGUCUUGACUAAUUAUAUGGGAGAGGUUACGUGGUAGAUCUAAGCGUUUUUACUGCAUAUGAAAUGCCUUUAGUAAGUUUUUAAAAUUCUUUAUCGCCUUUUUGGGUGCAUUGCAUUGACCAAGGCCCUUCAAUAGCUUAUCAUAAAUUAAUCAAUUAAGUUGACAAGCUGUUAGUGUCUCUUAUUUACAGUUGAGUGAUUUUUUACCGCAGUUUCGCACAAUGUUUUGACCUACAGAAGCACCCUACCUUGACGUAGUCGUGCCCAACUUCGUCUACUGCGAAGCCCCCUGGCCCUUAUUUAUUUUUAUUUUUAUUCAUGUAUUUUUUUCCAGUUACCAAACUAUCUCAUUUGUCUGAAUCGUUUCUUAUUAUUGGGCCAUUUGGUUUUUACAUUACCUUUGUAUCAAAUUUCCAACUGCCACUAGUCAUCUAUAACAUUUGAAUUGUAAUGACUUUCCGAUUCUUCAUUAAAUCCCCAGAAGAAGGGCGGUUUGACCGUCCGAAAUAUCGGGAAACUUCAAGUCGCUUCUCUCUUUGCUGUUUUGUUAUUUAAUUUGUUAUUUAAGUCUAUACUAAUGGAAUCACUUUACGUAUUUUAUAAAAUUAGGCUUGCGAUCUUUUAUGAAGAACAUCUCGUUACCAAAUUUACGUGGCUCUUCUUAAGAACGCGAAAUUGGCCCUCAUUCAAAAGAUAAAUUUUGUGACCUUAGGCUUCUAAAAGUUCUUACCUGUUGUCGAAUAAUGUGCUCAGCAAGGUGCUGAAGCAGGUGUCGGGCUGCGUGUAGCAAACACAAUCUGCACAUAUAACAUGAAAAGAAAUAAUAAACAACGCAAUGCUUAUUUACAAUACGCGACUUAAUUUGUUUCGGCUUUAGGUCUUGCUCCAAUUUUCGUUUCCCACAAAACUCUCUCGCAAUAUAUUUUUAUAUGUUACUUUUCUUUUUAAUCAUCCCUUCUUUUUUCUUGGAUCAUUUAGAACAUGUACACCGGCUAUUUUCUUUUGACUUGAUAAUGAAUUCCGAGAACUUAACGCCGAAACGGCCUCAUGUUUUAAACUUUGUUUCUCAUUUUUUAAAAAAAUUCUUUCUUUUCCUGUAGAGUACCUGGUAUUAACGCGAAAGCCGCCUUCUCACGUGUUUGCAGAUUUAGGAUCCACAAUCAAGCUUUGUUGCGAGGCCGAAGCGUCGUUGGUAUGGUCAAAGGCCCAAACAGCUCUUACUUUGGUACCAUCAUCUCAGCAGAACGGAUGCCUCAUCUUAAGCAACGUUAAUAGAGAAAGUGCUGGGAAAUACACUUGUCGCGCAAGCAAUGACCUUGGAUUUGCAGAUGCAACUACAGAAGUCAUUGUGAGAGGUGAUGCGUAUACCCUUAUGCAAUCUCAAAUUUUCCCCUUCCUUUCUCAUAUAAAAACAAAUAAAAUAAACGCUGCAGGUGUUAUUGGUUUACGAAUUACAAUUGAUCAUUGCCCUUCAACGCAUGCCGAUACUGAAACCUUACGGAGUAUCAAAAUUAGAAGAAAUUACCGGGUGUAAGAACCAAUCGAGACCUUACUAAAAUCCAUAAGACCUCAAUGCCGCAACGCUAUAAUCCUGAAAAGGUUUUUUCCCCCAAAAAACUUUCGUUUUGACUUUAUUAAACAUGAUGCCUGCUACCGAACUGAGAUUAUAGUUUAACUUGAUUUCGUCAAAAGGGGAUCAAGGAAAAUAGCAAAAAAAUAUUACUAAAGCUAAGGACUUUAAUAUGGAACAAAUUUUAAAAUCUUAGGCACUGUUUCACUUAGCUGCUUUAAUGGUCUAUUAGCUGUUGUUCAUAACUGUUUUAAACCGUUGACGACAUAAGAAAUCAAAUCAAAAACAUAUCAAACACUGAAGUCGUAAUGGAAUCGUAAACUCGACGAAAACGGAAGAAAAAAAUGAGUAGAUCCUUUUCUAACUCACGAAGCUAUUACAGGUCCUCAGGUAAAGAAUUAAAUGGAGCAACACUAAAACAAAACAAAAAAAAGAAAAAGAGAAAAGAAAGAAAAGAGUAAGCGCUUGGGCGUACGAAUUUUUCUUGUGUUGUAUUACAAACCCUUGAAAGAUUUUAAAGAGAAGCAAAAAAAAUCUCCCUAAGAACGGCCGGAACUACAAUAAUAAUAAUAAUAAUAAUAAUAAUAAUAAUAAUUCCUUUAUUUACCCUCGGCGGUAUUUAUAGCACUUAUGCAAGUGGGGCCCAGCAAAUGACACAAACAAAUAAUUCAAAUCAAACAUAACAGGGUUAAGAAUCCCAACUGGCCGGAGGCAAAGCAGCUGGCUAUUUACAAGCACCGCUGAGGAUUUGAACUCGGGACGACCGAGAACAAAUCCAGCUAACGGUCAGAGUGGGACUUGAACUCGGGGAUUCCGAAUUGCAAUUCCAGCGCUCUAACUGCUCGGCCACGUUCAGCCUCCUUACAAAUUAGCUGGAUCUCGAGUCAGGUAAGUAUCGCUAUGCACUAAAGAAAAACAAUAGGAGAAGCAAUUCUGUUCGUCUUCCGCCAGCCAUCUUGAUGUUUUUUUUUUUUUUGCAUAAAGUAGCGAGGCUUGCAUUUCUACUUCUCCGGCAUUCCGACUCCAUUCCAAUUCCACUUCCUUCCCUUUCAUUGUUAGGGAGAACCAGACCUUUACAGAGAUAUGGAGUCAUCUUCGAUUGUCAAAUAUGAAAAAUAUGAGUGAGAAUAGCGAAGGAGUGAGAAAUAUAUUUGAAUUUAAGAAGAUAAAUUUCGUGUCUCAAGCGAUUUAGCCAAGGGGAAAAGCGAAGCCUCCACUGAUUUUAUUUAUUUUAUUUAUUUGCCACACAAUAAUUACAAAAAAUAUAGGAAAAUAAGAAAAAAAGAAGUGGCGAGGAGACCUAACAGAAACUAUAGGAGCUUAUGAGAGGUUAGGCCUCCUCGAACUACGGGCUAGAGCUGUUUAACAUCAAUUGAAGAAAAGAUGGCGAAAAGUCGAACAUGGAAAGAUUUAUGAACUGUUUUCAUAUUUACUCAAUAGUUUAAUCUUCAGUUUUUUCUCAAAAGAGGAAAGGGAUUGAGAGUUGAUGACCUCGUGGUCAAGUGAAUUAAAAAACUUAGGCCCUUGAAAAAAAGGCGAGAACUUCUUAGUGUUUGUACGACAAUACGGUAGACGGUAGGCCUGGGAAUUUCUUGUACUGUAAGAGUGGAAUUGAUUGCUUUAGGAGAAAUUGUGUCAUUAAACCUUGAAGGUAAGAAUGAAUUUUUGCACGAAUACAUAAAUUGGCCCAGUUGAAGCAAAUGGAUAUCAUUAAAUUUUAGUAUACCGAGGUCCUUAAAGAUGGGUCUGUAUGAGCAUUGAAAUGUGAUUUAUUAAUAAUUCUAAUAAUUGGCUUUUGCAGGAUAACGAGGCGGGGGGAGAUUGGCUUUAUAGGUCGAAGCCGAAACUAUAUUGCAGUAGUAAAAAUAAGGAAAAAUUAAUGAAUAGUAGCGCAUACUUAGAGACGUUUUAGGAAAAAAGAAGCUGCAUCUAUGUGCUUUUAUUUUCUAAAAACCAAGAAAUGACAACGAAUAAGCUUCAACCUAUGCAAAUCCAGCUAUUUUUACUUAACUGAUUUUAAAACAACAACAACAAAAAACAAAAACUGAGAGAAAAUUACAAAUCAAAUUCGAUCACGGUAAUAAUAGUCUUGGAAAAGAAUUCGCACUGCCCCUUUCCCCCGCCCCCCGACCGUAUAUACACCCCUAUGAGAAGCUAAUUAGCCCAUGAAACUGGGUAUUCUCUAAAACCUUCCUCUUCCCGUUUGCGACCGGUAAAUUAAUUUAAGCUUGUGUAUAUUAAACGCGAGGCCAUUGACAUCGUCUCUCUGUCUCAAAUUUUUAAUAUAGAUCAUGACAUGAAACAAGAGAGAAUAAUAUGUCUUGCAUGAAAUAAUUACGCCUGACUUUACAACAAAACUAAGACGAGAUAAGACGCAGCCAUCGAUGAAGCCCUUUGAGUCCUCGACGAAAAACCAAAAAAAAAUUCCGCUUUGAAAAACAGAAAAACUGAAACCUGGCAGCAGUUGUAUUUCAGUUUAUGGCGGCAGUACAAGAACAAUUUUAAAACUUUUCUGAAAUAAAAAAUGGGCUUCAUCUAUCCGCAAGUCUGUCGGCUAACAAAGUUCUAGAUGUUGCAUGAGUUUUCAUGCAUAAGUUCACCUGACAAAACCAAAAGCGUGACCAGGCAAAAAGCAAAGCUUGUGAAAUUUAUUUCCGAACGUUUUGUUGUAAGUCAAACACAAGAAACUUCAAUCUAGAUUUUUACUCUAGCAACUGUGUUGGUUGCCCCUAAAAUGGCUAAUUUUGCGCCAAAACGAAACCCAACGUACAUGUCUUCCCUACUAUAAGGAGUUUUUUUACCCCUACUCCAAGAGUCCGUACGUACGUGCGGGUGUACGCUGACGUCAUAACCAAAUUUUCUCUGACACGCCACUUGCACAUCUCAAGUGCUCCUUAUUUGCCCCCUAAAAUUUUGCAUAACCUUUGUUUUUCAUUUCUCCUGGGUAUUACAGCCGUCCAAAGAGAAAUUGAAAACAAUGCUUAUGCAAAAUUUGGGGGGGCAAAUAAGGUGCAUUAUGGGAGAUGUGCAAGUGGCGUAUGGAUAGAUUACCAAAUUAUCUUAGCAAUGGGACUCCGCUCGCGCGCGCGUGGAGCUCCGCUAUUAGUUUUCACCAAAUCAGUGGUAGCAAUUUUUGCGCGUUCUGAUUGGCUCCCGUAACUCGGAUUCACUGUUUUGGGACGGGAUUGAAAAUGGCUUCUCGUUUCGCGACAGUUUCGAAAGAUAAAAUUUUAGCGGUAAUGAAGCAGCUGCACCAACAAAUACCAAGAAAGAGACAAAAUUUGGUUUGUCGGUGUUUACUGGUCGGUGGAAAAAAAUUUCUUACUGAACUUGCAACAAAAUCAUAAGAAAUGAUCCCCGAAACACUGUCAAUUGAAACGUAAGCAAAAAUUCUAAGUGACGUCUUUUAUUUACAAAAAGUUCCUUUUUGAUUUUUAUUCAGCUGAUUUGGUAAAUACUAAACAACUAUCCCCCUCAGGGUCGGUUCAUAGCGUUAGAUAUAUACCUCGACGCUUCGCGUCUCGGUAUACCACCACUUUUCACCUCCGCUUCGGGGAAUAGUUGUAUAUUAUUCUGUUUAUUAUAUAUACAAAUACUACGUACGUACGGGGUCUUGUCUUGAAAGGUAAUAAACGCUCACCAUAAAGAAUAGAAGACUAGAAGCUUUAAAUCCUUGUAGAGUUUUUGGUUUAUACUCGUCUCCGUUAUUUUUCCUCAUGGCCAAAAUAAAUCUGCCUUAGUAUAUUCAAUCCAGCUCUUUUUAUUCUCCUUCUCUACGAACAACUUAACAAGCCACAAAUCAUUGUCUUCCUUUUUUAAUUUUGCAGUUUCUUCAAUUUAAAAAAAGUUGUCUACAUCCUUGCCUUUUAAAGACUCGAAAUUCGCAGCCAUUGCUUAGCCCUUUCUAGUUGUGUUUUUCUUAAAAUUGUCAUGUGUCGUAGGAAACAGUUGCAUAUAUGCCCACAGAAAACUUUAGGCAGGUGAUGUCAUAAAAACACACUGCAGAGGUCAAUGGUUGGCUUAUAGUAACUAUCGUAUUUUUAAGUAGCUAUCAUAAUUUUACGUCAGUUGUAUGUUCCCUAUAAAAAACCAUGACAGUUUAUGAAAUAAGUUUUGUUUCUUUCUUUCUUACCGUGUAGCGGGAAAUGCGUGGUGUGAAGAGGAACAGUCCUUCAAGGUACAUACUGUUUAGUCUCGGCAAACAUGUUCCCUGACCUUUUAGCGGAAUGAUAUGCCUCUUUUUUUCCACCGACCAGAAUUAUGCAACUGUAAGUGAAUCUUUUCAUUUAUUUUUAAUUUUUAUGUUACUGUUCCAUUUAUGUCUCAGAAGUUUUCCGGUAAAAACCAGCUUUUCUGGUGUACCCUAUUUCAUUUAUUAAAUGGCCGAGUCAAAAGCUAAGGAAGUUUUAAAUAAGACCCUUGAGCAUUUAUUUGUUGAGUUAUAGCAAUCUUAACACGGGAUUCAAUAGACCGGCUUUGAAAUUAACUUCGGAGAUGUUUUGAAUCAAGAUUAUUAUACAUUGUUCACUUGCUAUCUGCCUUCUCAUUGGCUAAAGCCCUACGGUAAAUUUUGGAAACCCGAGAAACCUAUAAAGAUGAGAUAUUUAUCUGCUAGCAGGUAGCUGACUGAAUCUGUAGCUUGCGCGCACAAAGCUUGAUUUCCAAGAGCAAUGUCCCACUGUGUUGGGUGCCACAGUGUGUUUGAUUAGUUAUUUGGGUUUUGUAAUAUCCGCAAUAAUCAAGAUAUCUGUCCGUGCUAUCAGCCAAGGCCUUUAAAUUUUUUCUCAACCUUGAUUAUUCCGGAUAUCACGAAAACGUCGUUCAAUGACUGUUUAAAAUACGAUAUUUGCUUCCUCUAUGUAGAAAGUCAGCUUUGAUGAAAUUAUUUCAUUCGAGUCCACUUUUUUUAAGGCCUUCUGUGCACAAGGCUGGAUGUUAAUAGCUCGGUUCUCCAAUAAAGAUACUAAAAACUGGAUGGUUGACCAUGGUACUUGGUGGUAUGACCGUUACACUCCUUCUGGAAGCACCGAUAAGUAUUACGAGAACUAUGACAUGAUUUCGCCAGCCUUUGGACUAGUCAGAGGUAGAGAGUUUAAGAUUACUCGUAGUGAUGACUGGCGGCAUACACCGCUGCUACAGACCACAGGGAACUGUUUAGGUGGGCAAACAUUCCGAUCAAAAAUCACAAGUUAUGGCGACUUUAGAAAUGGUAAGGUUUGGUCCAGUAACAGGUGCCUGGGAAGCUGCACGGUUCAAUAUGGCGGUCAGUACAAGACAACAGGCGCGUUUCAACAGGCUGAGUGCAGUGGCAACAUCCAAAGCAGCAACAAGAUCGGCUUCUGGUGUCACUGGGGUAGUGAUGGAUCAGUCAUGAUGAUUGGUGGAGGAGGAAGUGGCUGUGGACGUGCUGAUCAUGGGAUUGGAAUAACAGAAGCUUACGAUGCUUCCUUUGUUGAAAAAGGCAAGCUAGGCAGUUAUGGAACUGAACUUGACUUUGGACACAAUGGUGACACAAGUUCACCACGUUUUUACGUAAGUAGUGGCUACUCAUUGAACUUGUGGAUCCGUUGA